AUGGGUGCGCCGUACCAUCCGGCGACGAACGGGCUGGUCGAGAGGUUCAUUCAGACCUUCAAGAACAAGAUGAAGGCCCUGAAGUGUUACAAAUCAAGAAUGCACGUGAAACUUUGCAAUAUCCUGCUGACUUACCGGAAGACAAUCCACCCUGCUACCGGCAAGUCACCUUCCUUGAUAAUCUUCCAUCGCCAAAUUCGCUCCCAUCUUGAUAUGAUGCUGCCUGGCCCUACGUAUUCGGAGAAGGUCGAUCACAAAGUUCGCUCGAUUCCUGAGGGAGGAAAAAUCGCUGCGCAAGAUUUCCAGAACCAUGAGAAAUGGAAGUACGGUCGGGUAGAAGAGAAGUUGGGAAAGUUGCACUACAUGAUACCGCUGGACGAUGAUCGUGUAUGGAAGCGUCACAUCAACCAACUAUGCGAAGUCGGAUCGAACUUCAUCGAGAGUCAAACCAGUCUCGGUGCCGGUCCCGGAACCCCAUCCGGCAUUGAACGUUCCGACUCUUCGGCUUUUCGGGCCCUCGGAUCGAACUUCAUCGAGAGUCAAACCAGUCUCGGUGCCGGUCCCGGAACCCCAUCCGGCAUUGAACGUUCCGACUACAGGUCCUGCUACGAGUAUGCAAAGCAAAGGAUCGUUUCAGCAAACCCCGAGGAGAUCAACCCGUACGGUGAAACCACCUAA